AUGCCCAUCGUAUUUCAAACACUAGAGACGGCUCGUCGUUGGUGGGACAUUGUCCGGCAUCACGUCGAGCAUCACGCGCCCUUGUACACCAACUUUCAAGUCAAGGGAGCUUCACAAAAGGUGGCUCAGCCCGCAAAAGAUUACGGCUCGCCAGAGUCUUCGAGACACAUCCGGAAGUUUGUUCGCUACCUGGACGCGUGGGACGUUGCGUUUCUCCCGCUCGCCAUCAAGGCAGAGUCCACAAAGCAGACGAACGUAGCAGAUUACCUCAAGUCACUCAGCUUAAGGAUCCACUACUUGUUCCUUUGGACUGGCGUGUGCAGCGCGGGCUGGACCGACAAAAAAGAGGCAGAAAGGCUUACACCGACUUUCCGCGACAUGGUUGCUCUCAGUAGGCAGCUCCUCGCGGCCCAGGCAGCUCAGCAACAAGCUGCUCCAGGUAGCGAGGUUUUCACUUUGGAAGAUAGCCCGACCUGGCCUCUGGCUUGCUGCUAUCGCGUGUGCACCUCUCCCGAAGUGCGAAGUGAGAUUGUCCAGCUCUUUAGGGAGUAUCCGCGACGUGACGGUCUUUUGGACACCCAUGCAUUCCUGGUCAUGAUGGAGUGGAUUGAUAAAAAUGCGUCCGCCGGUGUCAUCAACAACGACCAGAGUCCGAUUGUCGACAGCAUAGUCUUCCACGAAAACAGUGUCAUGCUUCAAAGGCAGCUUUGGGACACUGAAGCAUCAAAAUGGAAGAAUAGGAGUGUUUCGUUCAGCCUUGUGAGUGGUGGGGAAAAGCAUACGCUUUGA